CCAGGGCCGACGCCCUGCUGCCCUAGAACCAUCGAGGCUCUCUGCCUUCAACUUACUAGAUCGCUGUCAUCUUUCGCCCUAGGCUUCAAUGGCUACGCUGCGUCUUCUUGGCGGAGAAAUAGAUCUUCCACGAUUGAGAACUGAUACUGCUAGGCUCACAAUGUUGUAUGGGUUGUUGAUGGGCAAGUUUAAGUUGACAUGUCGGAACACUCUUCUCCGAGCGAGCGCAUCACUUUCACUCCCUUAUACAGCCUCCUGAAUUCUCGCAUAGUCACGAAAACUCAAGACACAAUGCAUCUUUCCAUUCCAGAGACCCUGGUUCUCGUCGGGCUGUUGACCACCGCCCACUCACAGACCACCAGUUCCGUGAAAUGGCAGGCAUCCGGGGGCGUUCAAUGCCCGCACCCAUCGGUCAACACACGGUGGCCGACGGCAACGGGAAGCACCUCGUUUCCCACCGCCUCCGUCGUGCCGGCCAAUGCCGUCUUCGACGGCAAAAUGGCCCUGUUCGACCGGCGGGGCAGUCCGGGCGACUGCAAGUCCCAAACCGAACUCGACGAGGCGGCGGCCGUCUUCAUCCUCGACCCAGGCGCCACGCUGAAGAACGUCAUCAUCGGAGCCGCCCAAGCCGAGGGCGUCCACUGUCGGGGGCCGUGUACCCUGGAGAAUGUCUGGUGGGAGGACGUGUGCGAAGACGCUGCGACGUUCCGGGGCAGCGGCCCGAGAUAUGUCCGCGGCGGUGGUGCCAAGGGAGCCAGUGACAAGGUUUUUCAGCAUAAUGGCGAAGGGUGGUUGCACAUUGACGGCUUCUAUGCCAACAAGUUUGGCAAGUUUUACCGUUCCUGCGGCAACUGCUCCCAGCAGUUCCAGCGCCACGUGAACGUCACCAACUUUGUUGGCAUCCAAGGCGUGGUCUUUGGCGUCAACCAGAAUUAUGGAGAUACAGCAGAGCUCUCAAACUACUGUCUGGCGAAGAUUGGGGUUAUAUGCACACGCUACAACGGAUGUGUAAAGCCCUGCGAGGCUGGUGAAGUCGGAGAGGGUGCUCUUCCUCCAUACUGCAAGGUUAACGGCGAUGACUGGACCUGAAAAAAAAAAAGAAUGAGGCAAGUGGUAAGGUACUUCAGGUACUCUGUGAUGCAAAAGGAGAUUCAACGCAGCUGCCAAGUCUAGUUCACUCCACAUCAUAUCUCUAGUUCUGUGUUGUUGAGCCGAACUUGACUCUAUUCGCUAUGAACGCAAGACAGUGUGACUGAUUGAAGACUUCUCCAAGGACGGAGCUUAAUGUGUCAAAAACCCAAGGCUUAAAACCCAAAGCUAAAGCACAAGAAUAUACCGUGACUCGGAAGUUGAAGUCACCUCAUUACUCUGACCACCACACUUUUUCAUCCUUCUUCUUCUUCUCCUCCUGCUCAUUCUCCCCUUUUUCUUCCUCAUUGUUCUCCUCCUCCUCCUUCUUCCGCUCUUACUCCUUCGUCUCCC